AUGGAGGAAGAGGAGCACGAGGUAUACGGUGGAGAGAUUCCCGACGUCGGAGAGAUGGAUGGAGACAUGGACAUGAUGGCUGCCGCUGAUGAUGACGCCGCCGCCGCUAAGGAAUUGGAUGAGAUGAAGAAACGGUUGAAAGAGAUUGAGGAUGAAGCUGCUGCUCUUCGUGAGAUGCAAGCCAAAGUUGAGAAGGAUAUGAUGGGUCCUCAAGAUUCUGGUGCUAUAGGAGGAGGAGCAGAUCAAGCAGGCAAGGAGGAGGUUGAUGCUAGAUCUGUUUUUGUUGGCAAUGUUGAUUACGCUUGUACACCUGAAGAAGUACAGCAACACUUCCAAUCAUGCGGAACAGUCCAUCGCGUGACAAUUCUGACAGACAAGUUCGGUCAGCCAAAGGGAUUUGCUUAUGUCGAGUUUGUGGAAGCUGAAGCUAUACAAGAGGCUCUGCAACUGAAUGAAUCAGAGUUACAUGGUCGUCAACUAAAGGUGAUGCAAAAGAGAACAAACGUUCCUGGAAUGAAACAGUUCCGUGGCAGAAGAUUCAACCCCUACAUGGGCUUCCGCAGACCUUUCAUGUCUCCCUAUAUGUAUUCCCCAUAUGGAUAUGGGAAAGUUCCUAGGUUCAGAAGGCCAAUGCGUUACAUGCCAUACCAAUAA